GAAAUUUCCCAAAAAGUCCGUCUUGCUCGACCCCGUCGGGGCCAAGUCCGCCUCCGCAACCAUGAACAAAGAAGCACCGCUCUCAAUUGCUGAGCGCGACUUCAUCCUCAAUGCUCUGCGCGAGGAUGUGAGACUGGAUGGUCGCCAUGCUGACCAGCUUCGUCCUCUGACCGUAACAUUCGCCGAAGAGUAUGGGCAUGUGAAAGUGCAGCUGGGCAAGACGAGUCUCAUUGUGCGCAUAUCCUCAGAAGUAACAAAACCUCGCGAUGACCGUCCCUUCGAUGGCAUCUUCACAAUUGCCCUAGAGCUUACGGCUAUGGGCUCACCAGCUUGGGACAAUGGACGACAAGGAGAUCUCGAAGCCUACGUCUCGCACGUCCUUGACAGACUGGUGCGCCACUCGAACGCUUUAGAUACCGAGUCAUUGUGCAUCCUCAAGGGAGUCAGUUGCUGGAGCAUCCGCGCCGAUGUCCAUGUCACCGACUACGAUGGCAACCUCAUUGACGCCGCGUGUAUCGGAGUGAUGGCUGGACUGCAGCACUUCCGUCGUCCGGAUGCGGUUGUCAAGGAUGGACAGGUGGUUGUCUACGGGCUAGACGAGCGGGUACCGGUUCCCUUGAAUAUUACGCACAAACCUCUUUCAGUUACCUUUCACACCUUUGAUGAAGGCAAACGGGUUAUCCUUGAUGCAACUCGGAAAGAAGAGCAAGCCUCGGAAGCGGACGUUGUUUUUGGCAUGAAUAGUGCCGGAGAUGUGUGUUUCGUCUCCAAGUUUUCCGGCUCCCCCGUGGAUGCCUUAGUAUUUGUGUCAAAGUCGUCGGUUGCUCUUGAGAAGGUCAAGGAGAUCAAUGCGAUUAUCGACAAAGCCCUGCAAGCCGACUCCGCUAAAAGGUCAAAGAACGGAAUGGCGGAAGAAUCAAGGGCGGAGAAUGACCGAUGACUCGAUACUCAUGAGCAUAACAACGACGAAAGGCAACAUGGUGAUGAUACCAAGGAUGUGAUGUAAUAUAGAGCUCCGUAAUGAUGUUUAUUAGUCUCAACUGAAGUCUUUCCCCGUCUAUCUCUACAGUAUUACACGUGUACAGAAAGUCUCGGUCGGUCUAGAA